UGGGGUUGGCGGAGGGCCCCCGUCCGCGCCUUCCAGCUCCUCCUCGUCCUGCUGCUGCUUCAAUGAUGUCAUGGAGAGGCAGAAGCCGAAGGAGGGGGGGAGGAGGAGGAGGCGGCGGCACUGCAGGUUCAUGUGUAUAUAAUGAAAAGGCAUUUGACAAUCUGCCAAAACGCACGGGAGGAAGAAAGUGGACCGGGUGGAUUUCGUAAAGCGAAUCGUCAUCAUCUGCAACUAUAUGGGGAAGGAGGAGGGGGCGGCGGCGGCGACUCCAGCCUCGGCUGCCUCCAUGUGAAACCCCCAGCAGGAACCGAGGGGGGCCCCACGGGGAGGGUGGGGUGAUCCGGGGGGGUAUCCAAGGGAGGAAGGGCCGCUGCAAGCGGAGAACCCGAGCCUCCCCCCCCCCUCCUGCAGGGGUGCAAUUUCUUCUCCCCGUGGCUCCUCGCUGGGAUUAAAAAGCCUCCUCUUGGCAAGCAGCAGCAGCAGCAGCAGCCAUGAAUUCGGCGGAGCAGACCGUUACAUGGCUGAUCACCCUGGGCGUGCUGGAAUCGCCCAAAAAGAGCAUCUCGGACCCGGAGGGCUUUUUGCAAGCGUCGCUGAAAGACGGGGUGGUGCUGUGCAGGUUGCUGGACCGCCUGCUGCCGGGGACCAUCGAUAAGGUUUACCCGGAGCCCCGCACCGAGAGCGAGUGCCUGAGCAACAUCCGCGAGUUCCUCCGGGCUUGCGGCGCCACCCUCCGCCUGGAGACCUUUGACGCAAAUGAUCUUUAUCAAGGACAAAACUUCAACAAGGUGCUCAGCUCCUUAGUUGCUCUAAAUAAAGUAACAGCAGAUAUAGGGCUUGGAAGUGACUCAGUGUGUGCGAGGCCAUCAUCUCACAGGAUAAAGUCAUUUGAUUCCUUGGGAUCCCAGUCUUUACAUAGCAGAACUUCAAAACUUUUUCAGGGCCAGUAUCGAAGUCUGGACAUGACCGAUAAUAGCAACCAUCAGAUGGUGGUACGAGCAAAAUUUAAUUUCCAACAGACCAAUGAAGAUGAGCUUUCUUUCACAAAAGGAGAUAUCAUUCAAGUAACAAGAGUGGAAGAAGGAGGCUGGUGGGAAGGAACGCACAAUGGGAAGACAGGCUGGUUUCCCAGCAAUUACGUACGAGAAGUAAAAUCAAAUGAAAAACCUGUCUCCCCCAAAUCAGGAACGCUGAAGAGCCCUCCAAAAGGAUUUGAUACAUCUGCCAUUAGCAAAAGCUAUUACAAUGUGGUGCUACAAAAUAUUUUAGAAACAGAAAAUGAAUAUGCUAAGGAACUGCAGACCAUGCUUUCUAACUACCUGCGGCCUUUACAAGUCAGUGAAAAAUUAAAUUCUACAGAUACUUCAUAUUUAAUGGGAAACCUAGAAGAAAUCAGCUCCUUUCAGCAAAUGCUUGUGCAGUCUUUAGAAGAAUGCACCAAGUUGCCUGAAGCACAGCAGCGAGUUGGUGGUUGCUUUCUAAAUCUGAUGCCACAAAUGAAAAAUUUAUAUCUUGUGUACUGUGCCAACCACCCGUCAGCAGUAACUGUUCUCACAGAACACAGUGAAGAGCUAGGAGAAUUCAUGGAGAUGAAAGGAGCCAACAGUCCUGGGAUUCUUGUACUGACCACGGGCCUCAGCAAACCCUUUAUGCGCCUGGAUAAAUAUCCCACCUUACUCAAAGAGCUUGAAAGACACAUGGAGGAUUACCAUCCAGAUCGACCUGACAUUCAGAAGUCUAUGACAGCCUUCAAAAAUCUUUCUGCACAAUGUCAAGAAGUGCGAAAAAGAAAGGAACUUGAACUCCAAAUACUAACAGAAGCUAUCCGUUGCUGGGAAGGGGAGGACAUUAAAACACUUGGAACUGUUAUUUAUAUGUCACAAGUCAUGAUACAGUGUGCUGGUAGUGAGGAAAAGAAUGAACGAUACCUUCUUCUGUUUCCCAACACUUUGCUCAUGUUGUCUGCCAGCCCUAGAAUGAGUGGGUUUAUCUAUCAGGGAAAACUACCACUGACGGGGAUGACCAUCAUAAAACUAGAAGACACUGAAAAUCACAGAAAUGCAUUCGAAAUAUCAGGAAAUAUGAUUGAACGAAUAUUAGUAUCCUGUAAUAACCAACAAGAUCUACAUGAAUGGGUGGACCAUCUGCAGAAGCAAACCAAAGUAACAACGGUUGGGACUCCCACUAUUAAACCUCAUUCUGUGCCAUCUCACACGCUUCCUUCUCAUCCCGUAACACCGUCUAGCAAACACUCAGAUAGCAAACAAAUACCGCUGACUCCAGUUUACCACACUUUGCCACACCCUUCACAUCAUGGGACGCCUCAUACUACUAUAAACUGGGGACCCCUGGAGCCUCCUAAAACUCCUAAGCCGUGGAGUUUGAGCUGUUUGCGACCGGCACCACCACUGCGGCCUUCAGCAGCACUCUGUUACAAAGAGGAUCUCAGCAAAAGCCCUAAAACAAUGAAAAAAUUGCUGCCCAAGAGAAAACCUGAACGGAAACCAUCAGAAGAGGAGUUUGCCCUGAGAAAAAGUACAGCUGCGUUAGAAGAAGACGCUCAGAUUCUAAAAGUUAUUGAAGCUUACUGCACAAGUGCCAAAACACGCCAAACACUGAAUUCAACAUGGCAAGGCACUGACCUGAUGCAUAAUCACGUCUUGGCUGAUGAUGACCAAUCAAGUCUAGACUCCUUGGGUCGUCGCAGUAGCCUUUCUCGUUUGGAGCCUUCCGACCUCUCUGAAGACUCUGACUAUGACAGUAUAUGGACAGCCCAUAGUUACAGAAUGGGGUCUACAUCUCGCUCCCGUAAAGACUCUGCUCCCCAAGUGCUGCUUCCAGAGGAAGAGAAAAUUAUUGUAGAAGAAACAAAAAGUAAUGGGCAAACUGUGAUAGAAGAAAAAAGUCUUGUUGAUACAGUAUAUGCAUUAAAGGAUGAAGUACAGGAAUUAAGACAGGAUAACAAAAAGAUGAAGAAAUCCCUGGAAGAAGAACAAAGAGCUCGCAAGGAGCUUGAAAAGCUUGUCCGGAAAGUUCUCAAGAGCAUGAACGAUCCUUCCUGGGAUGAAACUAAUUUAUAAUGAAUUUACCAUUUUCUUUUCUUUCUAUUGAAAGACCAGUUGUCAAAUCAAGCUGGGAAGCCUUCUGACAUUUAGUCAGUCCUGCAUAAAGAGCACUACGAAGCGAGAUUUAACUGGAUUGAAUAAUUUUUCUUCCUUACUAUGUAUGUCCAAACCAUUCACUGAAGCUGUCUAUGCUUGAGUAUAGAUAGCAUGGACCCUGAACUCCACUAGAUUUAACUUGUUUGCAUUUAAAUUACCUCAGUCUGCAGCAAGUGCAACAGCUGGCUAAAGAAGUCCAUGUUUUUCAGCAGCUUUUAAAAUUAAAUAUAUCUUUUAUUCUCCUUGUAAAUAUCUGUAAUUUUGAAUGUGUGUAUGAUAAGUGUAUCAGGACUGAUACAGUGUUAAACCUUUUUCUCUGAUAUUGCAAGCAGCAGACAUGGUCUGUGGUCGCUCACCAAAAAAUAACUAAAAAUCCUUUAUUGUAUCAAGACAAAACUGUUCCAGAGUGUAUUCUAGACAUAAUUAGGUUUGAGAUGCAAAAUGUGUUUUUGUUAUGUCCCCAUCAUAUUUCACAGUAUUCACUCAUCUGUUUUAAAUAAUGAACGUAAAUGUUUCUGUCUGGUGAAACCUUCAGACAGCUGAACGUGCUUUUUAGCAAUAUAAAGAUGCAGUAAACUCUUCAUUGGCACCAUUUUCAUAUGAAAGCUAACAAGAUCCGGCACUGAUUUAGUUAUGUUUCUUUUGGCAUGCCAGUAUGCAGAAUAAAUGGUGUAUGUGCUGUUUGUUUUUAAUUGUUAGUUACUAGAUGACUUGUGUACUACAUUUUUAAAUAAUUGUGCUUAUACUUUAACAUACAGCUGGCUGGUAUUUUAAUGGAACACUCAAGCACUGUUGUCAAAACAAAAGUUCUUCUCUAGCUGGGGUCUUUUUUGUGUGAAUAAAAUGUAUUAUUUAUUUUUAUUGUAACCAUAAGGUUUCGGUUAACAUUUGUAUGUAGAAUGUUUGGAAACCUAAGGCCUGUCAUCUGGCAGAAUAAUUCUUUUUUCCAUGUGCGAUCGAGUAGUAACCUAUUUACCUUAGUCCCUUUAGACAACAAAUUUUAAAAAGGACAGCAGUGCUUUAUGAGACAAAUCCUGUCUAAUUUUCUCUUUUCCAUACAAAUAAGCUCCAGUUACUUUGGACAGUGUGGUUCCCAUGUAAGUAUAUUGUCAUAAUAUUCUGCACUAGAAAUUUGGAACUCCACAGUGUGUGACUUGGGCAGUAUUUUUAAGAGUUACUACUGUGGUCAAACAUUAUGGCUUUCAGCCAAAAUUUAACAUUGCUAAAGUUGUUUGGUUUUUGAAGAUGUAGUCCUAACACCCUUCUAAGCCCUUUGAUGUCAGUGGUUUUAGAAAGGUCUGCUUAGGAUUGCAUUGCUAUUUCCGACAUCAUUAUUUUCAGUGAAUCCAAAUACCAUUAAUGUUGAUUCCAGCCUUCCUGCUGACUUUGGCAGAGUCCUAAGGCCUGACUGACUCUUGUGAGAAACGUGAGGCUGCUGCUGAAAACAUCCCCAUUUUGAGUCUUUCCCUUUCGUAAUGAUGGAACUCAUCCAGUUCUGACAUCAUCAGUUGUGCAUUGUCUGUGGAACGGGCAAAUAUACAACAUUCUGACAUGGGGUGGCCUUUAGUACACAUUACAGAAGAGGGGAAACAAAUGUGGAGGUGUGGUGUGAAAGAAUAGACCCAUUUUUCUCAUAAUGUAUAGUUUCCUUCUCCAAAUGAUUAUAUUUGUCUCAUGUACUGUGUGUGGUAUAAUUGAUUCUUGUAUUAAACAGAUUAAGCCUGUUCCUCCCUUCUGAAGCAAUAAAAGUCAGCUAUUUAUUGUUUCCUGCUGGCAGCAGCCAGAAAAGGCAGCUAUACUUCAGUUCAAAUAAAUGUUUAUUGUCAUGAUAAAGA